AUGUUUAUCUUCCUGCCUUUUUUGGUAUUCUCAAGGGUUUCCUUAGCCUCCAGCACAUCAAAGCUGGAAGGCUGGCAGUUUGACGACAAGAGCCGCUCAUCGUGGGACCUGGUGUGGACGUGUUUGUCGACGAUUUUCGCCUGCACAUGGACGGUUCUAUGUUUGAAUGUCCCACCGAGGAGGCACCAUAACUCUCGAGGCGAUCAAUUCUCUCGCCUCCCGAAAAAAGUCCUGGUUUGGCUGAUUUCUGUGCUAUGCCCGGAACUAGUGGCAUGGAUUGCCGUGGAGGAUUACUUUCGCGCGAGACAACUGGCCAUUUACUGCAAUGCUAUCCAAGCCGAGGUGAAUUAUGAAGUGAGCCGACGACCAACGCUAUCACAACAGACAGAAGGCCCACAGAAUCGUCAAGUGCAAAUGCGGCCAGUCCCUGUGAAGUGGACUACUAGACAAGGCUUUUGUAUAAAUAUGGGGGGUUUGGCCGUGCAAACCCAAGACGCGUGGCUUUUUACCAUCUCCAGAAAAACCAUUGGCGUAUUUGUACGUGCGGGCCUUGUCAAAGGCUCCGACUUCGAUGAUGAGGACAUCAAGGAUCAAGCCAAGGUGGAUACUCUGGGGAAAUUAUUUACGGUUGUCCAAAGCGCCUGGGUCACCUGCAACAUCAUCGCACGCGUAGUAUACUCGCUGCCUAUCUCUCCGCUGGAGCUGACCACCGUCGCAUACGUGGCCCUGGGGCUUCUGAUUGCCGGCUUUUGGUGGUUUAAGCCGAAGGAUAUGACCACGUCGAUCGCUAUACCCUUGCAAUGUAACCGAGACGAUCUACCAGUUGAGAUUCUGCAAGUCAUGGACGCAAGUCCAAAAAGCUGCAUCCAGUUACGAGCCGACAUAAUUGCCCAGAAUGCCGCCGCCAGUCACGCUACCAAAAGCCCUCUCUCCACAAGUUCAUACCGCAAAAAACCGUACGUACUUGCUUAUGAACCUGAACGCCUUCCUAAAUCUACAGAGGACGACCUAUCCCACGGUGCAAAAGCUUUGAAUGUCAGUUUCGCUACUUUGCUGGUUAUCACUUUUGGCGCCGUUCAUAUUGCUGGGUAA